AGAAACUGUAUUUACGACAGCAAGUUGUGUAGUGCGACAUGUCGUAAAACAGGCUUCGUGAAAUGCGGCACCAUUGAAAAAAAUUUGGUGGUGGUGGUUAGUUGUUAAAAGCGAAACUGUCACGCCAGGCUUCUACCCUCGGGUUUGUCCACCAGAUCCUGUCUCCCUCAUAAAAACGAUGCUGGUCACCGUUUUCUGUGCGCCGAGGGAUCGACCAGAAACCACCUUCGCCCUCGACGUGUCCCCAGACCUGGAGCUGAGAGACUUUGUAGCACUUUGUGAACUGGAGUCAGGAAUCCCAGCUGGGGAAAUUCAGAUCACAUAUAUAGAACAGCCCCUUAAAGACCCCACCCGUGCCUUGGGUAACUAUGGUGUUAAGGAUGGAGAUGUGGUCGUUCUCAGGCAAGCUGACAGAAGGCCACCGCCAACUCAGCCAGCCUUUCCAGGUCUGCCCCAUAUAGACUUCCGAUCCAUCACAGUCCCAGGCACCUCUUCUUCAACCAGUCAGCGUGGCGCUGUAAGGCCACAGCUACAGGCUCCGCAGGCGCAGGCACAGCCUCAGCCUCAGCCUCCGUCACAGCCUGUUGUGCAGCCACAGCGCGCUGCACAACCUUCCACGCCAAUGGCCUUACCAGGCUCCUCUGCUCAGGGGCUGGACGACCCUGCCUUACUCCAGCAAAUGCUAUUAUCCAAUCCACACGAGCUUUCGCUCCUGAAGGAGCGAAACCCACCGCUUGCUGAGGCUCUUCUGAGCGGAGACUUGGAACGUUUUACCAAAGUGCUGCUGGAGCAACAGCAGGAUCGAGCCAAGAGAGAGCAAGAGAGGAUCAGACUUCUGACUGCGGAUCCUUUUGAUUUGGAUGCACAAGCAAAGAUUGAGGAGGACAUCAGGCAGCACAAUGUGGAAGAAAACAUGACCAUUGCAAUGGAGGAGGCCCCAGAAAGCUUUGGACAGGUGGUGAUGCUCUACAUUAACUGCAAAGUCAAUGGCCACCCUGUGAAAGCCUUUGUUGACUCAGGAGCUCAGAUGACCAUCAUGAGCCAAGCAUGUGCUGAGCGCUGCAACAUCAUGCGGCUGGUGGACCGACGCUGGGCUGGAAUCGCUAAGGGAGUGGGCACUCAAAAGAUCAUUGGCAGAGUUCAUUUGGCUCAGGUCCAAAUAGAGGGCGACUUCCUGCCCUGUUCUUUCUCCAUUUUGGAAGACCAGCCGAUGGAUAUGCUGCUUGGCCUGGAUAUGCUGAAAAGGCACCAGUGUGCGAUUGACCUGAAGAAGAGCUUGCUUUUAAUCGGCACCACGGGCACCGAAACCCGUUUCCUCUCUGAGGCGGAGCUGCCAGAAUGUGCCCGUCUGGCAUAUGGAGCAGAGGGCCGUGAAGACGCUCGUCCAGAUGAGAUGGCUGACAGGGAAUUGGCAGAGGCACUUCAGAGGUCCAUACAAGAAAGCGACACUGCAGAUGGACAAACUACCUCACCUCAACCCCCACCAUUUACUUUACCCAGAACCUUACAGCAAAUGUCCUCAUCCACCUCCCCAUCCCAAAGCCCAUCUGACCACCCCCAAACUGUGGAUCGCUCUCAGUCCGCCCCAGCUGCCAUGGAGCAGGUCUUAGCACCAGGGCAGAGUCGGGACCCAUCAGGUUCUCAGGAGCUGUCUCAACCUUCAUCCCCCGCAGAGGCUGCUAGUUCCACAAAUAAUCUGGUCCUCCCUCAUCCUCUGCCUGUCCAUAGCAAUUCUGAAGUGCCCCUGGUUCCCAGUCUUUCAGCAGAUGUCCUCCCUACACAUACUUCUCCCGAAGAUAUAACUAUGUUAUCUCAGUGUCCAGAGGAUGAGGAAUUUUGUACAGCUACAGAGCCUGAUGCUGAACCAUUUGAGGUAGAUAACUCAUCCCCACAUCCUGAGCAACAUUGUUCCAUUCAACCUAUGGAGCAGGAGACGAUCGAGUCUCACCCAGCCGCUUCUACUGAAGCCUGCGUGGGUGCUCUCAACCAGCCCGACUCAGUUGAAAUGGAAUCUCCUAUUUCCUCCCACAGUGUGGUUCCCUCUGAGAGGGACCAGCCUGAAGGAGAGCGCUGCUCUAGCUCCGACAGCAUCCCUUCGCUGGCAGCUGCUCUGAUGGAGCUCCAUGAGCUGCUGGUAACCAACAACCAUGCUCAGUCCCAAAACCGCAGCUCCUCCUGCUCCCCCUCGCAUCCAUUCACACAGGACACAGACAACCUGGCCACCGAGCCACUAACCCCACCACCCGAAAGCACCCAGCCUACCCUCUCCACUGCCAUCACAUCUGGUGCAGAACCAAGCAAUGCCAAAGCCAACCUUGCUGCUUUUGUGUCUGAUGAGGGACCAUCUAACUGUCUUGUGCCUGACCUCUCUGGCCAUGAUGAGCAUCUUGGCGAAGAUGCAGCAGAGACAGUGGUAGAACUAGAGCCGCCUGAACAUCUGGACGGUUCAGGGGAGAGGAGAAUAGGUGGAUGUGGGAUGGAUGAAGCUAGUAUCAUUGGCAUUUCUCAACCUGAGCCAGAGGCUCCCCCUGAUCCUGUGGGGGACCUGGAGUUCAGGGAACCUCCCGAGGGGCAGCAGGGGAGAGGGGUUGCAGAUGGACAAGCCUCUGGCAACAACACCACAGACACUCUUGGCCCCCAGAGUGAGCAGACUUUUCGUAGCCCUUUGUCGAUGGCAGCGGGCUCACCAGAGGAAGUCUCUAGCACCUCUUCCUCCUCUGUCCCUCCUCUUGCUCAGGCUCCUCCGCCUACAUCUACGGCCCCUCGUCUCCCUUCUCCACUUCCCUUUAUAGAACAGUUUCCAGCGGAGCACAUCCAGAGAAUCCAGGCAGCAGGCUUUUCUGCUAGGGAGGCUGCAGAGGCACUGGAACAAGCCCAAGGGGUUGUGGAGCUAGCUCUGCUGGUGCUACUAGCUCGCAGUAUCACUGUGCCCAUCUAGACUCAUAACCACUCCCUUGAGUCCCCAGCCUCCCAACUCGGCGUCUGUCAUAUUUAUACCUUGUUACUGAUCCAGAUGUCUCUGUCCCUUUUUAAACAGGGAGCAUGUUUAAAACACAGGGAAAUGCGGUUUCUUGGUCUGUCAUAGAGAAUGUCCAAGAACAAACAGGGCAACUGGUUAUACUUUUUCUGGAUAUAACAGAUAUGUGAGGUGUGUGUUUGCAUGCAGAUGUUUUGGUGCCCACCCAUUUCAUUGGUUUUUAGAGUUUUUCGUAUGAUAGUUUGAUUUUUCUUCUUUAGUUGUUGUCCAACAUUGACAUGGUCUAAAAUGCCCAGUAUGCGAAUGGUUCUUCAACCAUUAAAACAUUAUUAUAAUUUUCCUUUUUUGAUAUCUCAACAAGCUAUUGUUAUUCAGGAAUUUAAUUUGCAGAGCAGCUCUAAUUUUCAUCUGCUCCUCGUGCCAGAGUGAACUGUCUGGUGAGUGUCAGAUAUUUUGUUUUUAAAAAUGUUGUCGAUUUCAUGACUAGGGUUGUUCAUCUUUUUUUUUUUUAAAUGAGUUAUAAAUCAUUUCUGCAGAUAAUUGGAAACCCCUAAAUUCAUAUCCAUUAUUACACUGAAAUAUCAAGUGAGCCACAUGUGUGUAUGUGUUGGAGUUUGGUCACAGACGGCAUUUUCCAAAUAUUACAGAAGGUAUCUUGUACUGUAUGUAUGUAUUCACAGUUCGAAUGCUUUGCCAUUUCUUUUUUUCAAUUAUAAAACUGUUUAUCUCCUGUUCAGAAAAUCAAUUCUGUGUCAAAUCAUCGUAGUGUGGUCAUUCCUUAAAAACGUUGAUUUUCUUAUUUGAAACCUGUUUUUAUUGUCUUGUUUUUUUUUCAGUAUAUCAUACAACAAGGAUUUGAAUGGCUUUAUUUGAGUCAUAUACCAACAAUGUUCAGGCAGAAUGAAUUAUUUACUUUUAUGAAAUUUUAAACUGCAAAUAAAAUUAAAGUAGUAUUUGUA